AUGGCGGCAGCUACGUCCCGUCCUCUUGAGUACCUGGAAGGCCUCUCGGGUACAACCUUCUUCAAACUAUAUCAACAGCCAUCUACCGCUCUUGCAAUAUUCCGGCGGAUGUUACCUGAUCUGGCAAAAUGCUUUGUGAUGGCACUUUUGUAUCUGAAGGACCCUCUUCCGAUGGCAGAUUUAGAGGUCUGGGUAAAAUCGGAGAGCAAGAAACAAAGAGAUAAUGCGCUAUCGAUAUUGGGAAGACUUCACAUUCUAUCCUCGACGCUUACUGGAGACAACGUUCGAGCAUAUAUGGUGACCAACCCAUUUGCAUCUUCUCUUCGCCAAGCUCUUACAGGUUCGGAAGAUUCCAGAUCAUUUGGCGUCUUCUCCCAAGCACCAAGCGACAACCCCGUAUCCAUCGCUGACUUGGAUGAAUAUGCACGACGACAAUGGGAAGGUGUGCUAGGGUAUAUGGUUGGAACAAGUGCUCUAAGCGGACAACGAGAUGUCAACUUGAGCAACGGCGUCAAAACACUGCUCCAAGCGGGUCAAUUGGUUGAAAUUCGUGAUCGUCGAGUGGACAUCACCAAGCAUGGAUUCGGAUUUGUGCUUCAAGACGUAAACACCCAAGUCUGGCAUAUUCUGAUCCUCUAUGUCGAGAGCGCCAAGGCCAUGGGGAUGGAUAGUGUCGAGGUUCUCUCGUUCCUCUUCCUGCUUAGUAGUCUGGAAUUGGGACAAUCUUACGAGAAGACGCACUUGUCAUCUGUCCAACGUCAAACUCUGUCCAACCUUGCAGACUUUGGCAUUGUUUUUCAAGAAACUCCGGAUGCUCCUCGCUUCUACCCCACCCGGCUUGCAACCACCUUAACCUCCGAUUCAAGUGCACUUGGAAACCCCGUCACUGGGUCCCUGACUGGUCCUGCCGGCCAAUCCGGCAGCUCGGCGGCAGGUUUCAUCAUCAUUGAAACAAACUACCGCCUCUACGCAUACACGUCGUCCCCGCUACAGAUAUCUCUCAUCUCACUUUUCACGAACCUCAAAUAUCGCUUUCCCAACCUGGUCACGGGAAAAAUCACACGACAAUCGGUUCGUCGAGCUAUUGAGAUGGGUAUUACCGCCGAGCAAAUUAUCUCAUACUUGUUAUCUCACGCUCAUCCUCAACUACGUAAACAUAAUGCUGGCCAUGCGACAUCCAACACAGCCGGCAUUCCGCCUUCAGUGCUCCCGCCUACGGUGACCGAUCAAAUCAGACUCUGGCAGCUGGAACGAGAUCGUCUGAGAGCCACUCCGGGUUUCCUUUUCAAGGAGUUCAGUACAUUGAGUGAGUACCAAGUGCUAUGCCAGUACGCGGCCGAGAUCGGUGUUCUGGUGUGGAAGUCGGAUCGGAAGCGAAUGUUUUUUGUGACACGCCACGAGCAAGUCGCCGCAUUCCUCAAGAAGAAUAGUGGUCGGUGA